CCGCCCGCUUCCACGGUAUCGCAUCUACAAUAUCAUAUUAAUAUCCAUUUCCACCAUGUUCACCGGUCUCGUUGAGAAGAUUGGGACGGUCUCGUCCCUCGAGCCUCUCGAUACCUCGUCAAGCGGGGGCGGGGGUACAUCAUUGACUAUCACGGACUGUGAGGAGAUCCUCACAGAUUGCCAUCUCGGCGACAGUAUAGCCGUCAAUGGAACCUGCCUAACAGUAACGGCCUUCGACAAAACCUGGUUCAAGGUCGGCGUCGCCCCCGAAACCCUCCGCCGCACAAAUCUCGGCUCCUUGCAGACCAACUCCCGCGUGAACCUCGAACGCGCCGUCCUGGGCGAAACGCGCAUGGGCGGUCAUUUCGUACAGGGCCACGUCGACACCAUCGCUAAGAUCCUCUCCGUGACGCCGGAGGGCAAUGCGCUGGUGUUCCGUAUGCAGCCGCGCGAUAUCGGCGUGAUGCGGUAUAUCGUGGAGAAGGGAUAUGUUACGCUGGACGGGGCUAGUUUGACUGUGACGAAUGUUGUGGAUGGCCAGGAGGGAUAUUUUGAGGUGAUGCUUAUUGCGUACACGCAGGAGAAGAUUGUCACGGCGGCAAAGAAGCCCGGGGAUUAUGUGAAUGUGGAGAUUGAUAUUGUGGGCAAAUAUGUUGAGAAGAGUGUGCAGGGGUAUUUUGCUGGUACUGCGGGUGGGGAUAUGAAGAUGUUGGAGAAGAUGGUAGAGAGGAUCGUGGAGGAGAAGUUGAAAAGGUAGGUCCGUGUUGUAAUUACUGCAUUAGUAGGGAGGGAAGAGAUGACCAUGCAUGAUGUUUACGAGCAUUUAGCUAUAUGUGAAAUAGUGAUGUGAAUGAAGAAAAUUCUUUUGUUUCCAUGUACGAGCAUGAGGAAUAGGCAGGAUUGUGGGUAUAUUUUGGUACUUCUAUCGGUCAUGGCCAGCCUGCUGAACGUCACGAGAGACUUCCGGUCAUGGCUCGCAGCAUUCUGAUCGAGACUCUUAAAUAACU